AUGCCUCAAGUGCCUUCUACGAGGUGGUGUCCUACGCCAGAGCAGCUGAUGAUACUGGAGGAGAUGUACAGGAGCGGGGUGAGGACCCCAAAUGCUUCCCAGAUACAGCAAAUUACAGCCCGUCUCUCCUACUACGGGAGGAUAGAAGGCAAGAAUGUGUUCUACUGGUUCCAAAACCACAAGGCUAGAGAGAGGCAGAAGCUCCGGAGGAGGCUUUGUAGCCACUACCAGCUUCUCUACUCGGCCAACUCACUCCCUCAUCAUCAGUUCUACUGCUCCCAGGAAGCUCCUGUCUUCCCUCUCCCAUUCCACCAUGCGACUCCGUCUCCCUUCCUUCAUCAGGAUGCAAACUCGGUCUGCAAGAUGGAGGCCGGCGACGCCGAAGAAGCAUCGUCAACCAGCGAUGCAACCCUCAGGCAUGAAUCGAUGGCGAUGGUGGAUGCAGCCUGGGCGGUGCCUUCAUGCUGUAGGCCUCUCAGGACUCUCGAUCUCUUCCCAACCAAGAGCACCGGCCUCAAGGAUGAGUGCAGUACCACCUCCAAGUCCUCAUGCUCUUCAACAACCAACUAA